CCUCAUAAUGACUUUCAGAUGGGAUGUAUUAGUUGAUGUAAAGAGAAGAAAAGCUCUUUAUAAUUGGGAUUAUAUUAAUGCUUGUUACGUACAUAAGAUGUAUUAGUGUCAAGUAACUGAGGGUGUUGCCUAGUUGAUGGUAUUGUGUGGAUAUAAAAAUAGUGGAGUGGGAGUUUCUUGUCAUAGUGCCUUCUGUGAGUUUGUUGACUAAAGGCCGGUAAGUUUCCUAAAAAAUAAAAAAGGCAUCGACCAGCUGUCCUCAUAUAUCCAGAACUCCAGCAGCAGGUGUGACCUGCUAAACACAAAAAGAAUCCAGCUUCAAUAUUUAACGAGCCCUAAAAAAUUCAUCACUGCCAGCUUUGUUUUUCGCCACAUGUGUGUCCAUCUCAUUUGAAUGGAGCAGGUGUCUGCAAGCUGGGAGGAUGUUUGUUUUCUUUUUUGUUCGAAUAGAUGCUGGAUCAUCGCCCUAAUUUUAUUGAUUCCAUUAUACACAUUACUACAGAGUCUGCCUGUGUCUGAAACCUCGAAUAAAUCUCCUUAGCAGCGUUUUAAUCUGUCGGGUGCACACUCCACAGCCAUAAGCUCAGGUGACCAGGUCAGAGAAGAACCUGAUAGAAAGUUAAGCAGAUUAACUGAGAAACUGCUGAUCGAACAGUUUCCCAGCUGCCAUGCAUAGGAAGUUAAUACUAUGACCACAUCACACGUCUCAUUGAGGGUUUUCCAACGUAUGAUGCGAAAAUAUCUCUGUGACAUCAGAUGGAUUUGCUGUCACAAGAAAAGAAGAGAAAGAAAAGGAGCAGCAGUCUGUGAGUUCUUUCCAGUGGAAACCUCAGUAGACUCCUCUCAGCUCUGCCAUGUGCUCUUGCUGUGGUUGUAAGACACGAAGCAGGAUGGAGGUCUCCUGCCUGGAGCUGGCGUUGGAGGGUGAGCGGCUCUGUAAGGUGGGCGACUACAGAGCGGGUGUCUCCUUCUUCGAGGCUGCCAUCCAGGUGGGCACAGAGGACCUGCAGGUGCUCAGCGCCAUCUACAGCCAACUGGGCAAUGCGUACUUCCACCUGCAUGACUACGCCAAAGCCCUGGAGUUCCACCGGCAUGACCUCACCUUGACGAGAACCAUCGGGGACCUGCUCGGAGAAGCCAAAGCCAGUGGUAACCUUGGCAACACAUUAAAGGUGUUGGGGCGGUUUGAUGAGGCUGUAGUUUGCUGUCAGAGGCACUUGGACAUAGCGAGAGACAUGAGCGACAAGGUGGGUCAGGCGCGAGCUCUGUAUAACUUUGGGAAUGUUUACCACGCCAAAGGCAAAAGUAUCUGCUGGAGCGGAGCUGAGCCUGGAGAUUUCCCAGAGGAGGUGAUGACAGCACUGAAGCAGGCAGCUGAGUACUACGAGGCCAACUUGGCGAUAGUGAAGGAGCUUGGAGACCGGGCCGCCCAGGGUCGAACUUAUGGGAACCUCGGCAACACACACUAUUUGUUGGGAAACUUUCGCAAAGCUGUGGCUUCUCAUGAACAGCGCUUGCUCAUAGCGAAGGAAUUUGGUGACCGCUCGGCAGAGAGACGCGCUUACUGCAACCUGGGGAACGCCUACAUCUUUUUGGGAGAAUUUGAAGUGGCAGCCGAGCACUACAAGAGGACACUGCAGCUGGCCAGGCAGUUGAAAGAUCGAGCUGUGGAGGCCCAGGCCUGCUACAGUCUGGGCAACACCUACACACUUCUCCAGGACUAUGAGAGAGCCAUAGACUACCACCUCAAACACCUCAUCAUAGCCCAGGACCUCAACGACAGGAUUGGGGAAGGCCGUGCAUGCUGGAGUUUAGGAAAUGCUCACACUGCACUGGGGAACCAUGAUCAGGCCAUGCACUUUGCUGAGAAGCACCUGGAGAUCUGCAAAGAGACUGGAGACAGGAGCGGGGAGCUGACGGCCCGUAUGAAUGUGUCCGACCUCCAGAUGGUUCUGGGUCUGAGCUAUAGCACAAAUAACUCCACCUUCUCAGAGACUAAAGAUAUAGACCAGCAUGGAGCGAGACCCAGGAUGAGCAGGAGACGCAGCAUGGAGAACCUGGAGCUGAUGAAACUCACUCCAGACAAGAUGAAUAAUCAGAAGUGGAACAGCGACAUCCUGACCAAACCGCCCAAACCCUCAUUGGCUAAGAGCACCUCCAAGCUGUUCUUUGUCAAUCGUCUCCGCGGGAAGAAGUACAAGGCCGGUGGCUCCAGUAAGGUCCUCCAGGACACCAGCAACACGCUGGACACCAGUCAGACGCCUGCACAGGGACCUCAGAAGCGACUCAGUCCGGACAUGCUCGGAGACGAGGGCUUCUUUGACCUGCUUAGCCGUUUCCAGAGCAACCGCAUGGAUGACCAGCGCUGUUCCAUACAGGAUAAGGGCAGCAGGGUAUCGUUAAACAGCGACCCAGAGCAGCCUCCAAGAGCCAUCAGGAAAUCUGUGUCCGAGUCUGCCAACAUCACGGGCGGACAAGGCCGGCGGUUAGACGAGCCGUCGGCAGCAGGGGGGAGCCUGCCCGGCCUCAGGCUCCAUCAGAACAGCAACCAGGCCGUGCUCAACCACUUGAUGGCCAACGCAGACAACGCUGAGCCUGACGACGACUUCUUCGAUAUGCUUGUCAAGUGCCAGGGGUCCCGUUUGGAUGACCAGCGCUGUGCCCCUCCCCCUCCUCCGGUCCGAGGGCCCACCGUACCAGAUGAGGACUUCUUCAGCCUCAUCAUGCGCUCUCAGGCCAAACGGAUGGAUGAGCAACGCGUCACCCUGCCCUCUGCGCCAAGGCCAGGCCCCCCUCCAACUAAGCACUAAAGGGACAGACAGGCUUUUCUUCUGUAAAUCUCAUGUAGCAGUGGACGAUAUUGUGGAGUGGUCGUUCCGAAGAAAGCCUCGUCUCUCUUAGUAUUUCUCCUUUUGGACAAAACAAAGCACUGUCAGCAUUCUAUGUAGAAUACAGUAACACUAAUGAGGACUUGUUUUGCGCAACAUCAACAAACUCAUAUAGUAUCAGGGACACGUGUUGUUUUUUAUUCCUUGUUUUUCCUUAUUCUGUGCUCCUGCAUAUUUCACUUCACGUGUAUUUUUCAAUACACAACUUCAGUUUGUAUUUAUUGUACUUUUUCUGAUCGUUAUGAUUCUACUAACUGCCGUCCCACCACUAUAAAGUCAUGUGGUUAUUCUCAGAGUGAACGCUGAAGUACAGCACUCUAUCCAUGUAUUUUGUUUUGUAUGUGAGGACUUGAUUUUGGUUUUAAAGUUACCAAGGUCAGACAGGAAAUGAACAAAAACUAUUUGAACAAACUAUGAAUUUAACCCGUGUACAGCCCGAACUUUUGUACUAAAUGUUUUGAGUGAGGAUGAAUAAAGCCUCAUUCCUGUAGA